AUGGUGGCCGCCGCUAUAUCAGCAAAUCCGCUGCAGCUGGAUAUUCGCAGUCAUAGAAAGUGUCUUGCAAUUUGCUUUGUUGUCACCAUCUUGAGCUUUCAAUAUGGCCUUGACUAUGCCCUCGUCGGCGGCUUUAUGGCUAUGCCUGGCUUCUUGAAAGUCUUCGGCUACUACGAUGAAGCGGCUCAGAAGUGGGCCAUUGACCCGACUGUUCAACAACUUAUUUCCUCUCUGAUGACGAUUGGAACAUUUGUGGGCUCGCUUUCGGUUGGGCCAUUCAGCUCCAGGUUUGGGCGACGACAGGGGUUGUGGACAGCAUCUCUCCUAAAUUGUAUCGCAACAGCAAUAAUGAUUGGAACGACGAAUCUCGGUGCGCUAUACUUUGCCCGUUUUGUUCUUGGAAUCUCGGUCGGCUGGUUUCUUACUUUCGCUCAAGUUUAUAUCAACGAAGCGGCACCCGCCCACCUUCGAGGUAUUUCUUUUGCCGUAUACCAGAGCCAACUCUCUAUAGGUUCCAUAGUCGGGGCCGCUAUCGACUAUGGCACUCACACUAUGCUCGGCAAGGAAGCCUAUCGAAUCCCCCUUGCUAUCUUCUUCGUUGCUCCGACCAUCCAGACGAUCGCUAUGUUCUUCUUCCCAGAGUCUCCACGAUGGCUCAUGACACAAGGAAAAGAUGCAGAAGCUGAGUCGGCGCUUCGAAGACUCCGAAACAGCAAUAUUAACGAGGAUGAGUUCCAAGCCGAGUUUGAAGAAAUCCGAACUUCUACAGCGGCGCAGGCAAAUCAAUUCAAGGGGAAGCACCUAUGGGUUGAGAUGUGGAAGGGUACCAAUCGGCGCCGAUCUCUCCUUUCUGUAGCUGUUAUCUGCUUCCACUGUGCUAAUGUAAAAGAAGCAUUUUCGUAUUCGACCAUGAUAACCUGUAUGGGACUCAUCGGCGUCUUGACAAGCUUCUUUGUCGUUCGUCACAUUGACCGCCGUGUUAUUCUUCUCAUCGGAGUGGCAGCGUGUGGUCUCUGUCAAUUCGCGUUUGCGAUCGCUUGGACCGUGGCCCCCGGAACUGCGGUCAUCGCAAAGGUGGUCAUCGCCUUUAUCGCGCUGUUCACAUUCUUUUAUGUUGCCUAUGCGCCCUAUGCUUGGCUUCUAGGAGGCGAAUUGCCUAGUAAUCAUCUCCGAGCUCAUACUUACGGCGUAUCCACCGCACUCAACUUCCUUGGAAACUGGCUAGGUGUCUUUACCGCGCCUUACUUCAUCAACCCAGCCAGCCUGGGAUGGAGUGCCAAAUAUGGAUAUAUAUGGUUUGGAUCCAACAUGAUAGUGUUCCUAUUCACAUGGGCAUUUAUGCCUGAGACACGCGACCGAACCCUGGAAGAGAUAAAUGAGAUAUUUGAAGCUAAGGUUCCAGCUCGGAAGUUUAAGAGAUAUAUCUGCAUGGGUACGGAAGCUGUGAGGGCAGAAGUAAUUGAGGAAAAGAACAGAAGCACGUCUCGUGCAGAAAAAAUAACUCGGGAAGACGCAUAA